AUGGCGAAGAGGGCAGUCCGCAUUGCAGGAGCGUCGGGGGCGGCGACUGAUCGCCGUCAUGUACUCGCCGAGUUUGCCCGUAACCACCCAAGCGACCCUGUAGACGUCGUUGUCCAGGACUUCAUGAGCGAGUAUAACAUGACUGCCGCUGCUGCACGACGGGUUGACCGGUCUCUGUCAGGCGAUGGCAAUGCAAGCGAUCGGUCGGCUAAUCGGCCCACUAGGCCAGGGUAUGAGCCUACGUUCCUAGAGGCUCUGGAGCCGGCACUGCUAGACAUUGCUAGGCACAACAUCAAAGUGGUUGCAAACGCUGGCGUGGCGGAUACGGAAGCUCUGUACCGGGCUGUCAUCGCCAUGAUGGAACGCAAGAGAGUGCAUCUUAAAGUUGCAUGGAUAUCUGGUGAUGAAGUGCUCCACACGGUGAAAGAAGAGCUUCAAUGUGGUGCAGAGUUUAGGAAUAUAUACACUGGCGAAGCACUGUCACAGUGGCAAUUUGAGCCCAUCUAUGCUCAGGCGUACCUGGGCGGCAUGGGGAUAGCUGCUGCACUCGACCAUGGAGCUGACAUCGUUCUCUGUGGCCGUGUUUCUGAUGCCUCUCUCCUCAUCGGCGCCGCAUGCUGGUGGCAUCGUUGGUCGCGAUCGGAUCUGGACAAGCUAGCCAAUGCAUUCGUGGCCGGCCAUCUUAUAGAAUGCAGCACAUACGUCGCCGGCGGCAAUUUCACUGGCUUCAAGCAGCUGGAGAAUGCGGCCGGUGGCUGGGAGGAUAUAGGUUUUCCUAUAGCAGAGAUUUCUUCCACCGGUGAGGUUGUUAUCACAAAACAGAGCUGUUCUACAAACGGUGCCGUUACUGUCGAUACCUGCUCUGCUCAACUGCUUUAUGAAAUACAGGGUCCUAUAUACCUUAAUUCAGACGUCACAGCCAUCCUGGACGAGGUAUACUUUGAACAACUUGCAGUCAAUCGCGUUGCUCUAAGGGGUGUCAAGGCUGACCUGCCUCCGCCAACUACCAAAGUAGGCAUCACAGCUCGAGGUGGAUACCAGGCUGAAGCCUUCUAUUACAUGGUUGGCCUCGAUAUACCGGCCAAAGCAAGGAUGCUUGAAUCCCAAAUCCGACGCCUGCUCUAUCCACAUUCCAAACACUUCACCUCUCUAACCUUCUCAAUCCUCGGGGCUUGUGUGGAUGAUCCCCCAGACCAGAACAGCGCUACGACAACGUUUAGGAUCCUAGCUCAGGCUCCGCGUGCGGAACACCUGACUUCCAAGUGCUUUGUGCGCCCCGUCAUCGACUGCGUCAUGCAGUCCUACCCAGGCGCUACAUUUAAUCUGGAUUUAAGACACGCUUCCCCAAGGCCCAUAUUUGAAUACUACGUCACCCUCAUCCCUCAAGCGAGCAUUAACCAUAAGGCGCAUCUUCCAUGGCUAAAUGCAUCGCUUUCCAUCGAUCUUCCACCUUCCACUAAGCUUUACCCUCCAAAGAGUCAGCCCUCCACGAACACCGCUAUAACUAGCAGCCAACCCGGUGGCACCACCGACUUUGGCCCGACUACCCGCGGCCCUCUGGGCUGGCUCGUCCACGCCCGUUCAGGGGACAAGGGCCCCGACGCAAACUGCGGCUUUUGGGUUCGUACUGACGCCGAAUACCUCUGGCUACGUAACUUGUUGACCACACACAAGGUCAAGGAUUUGCUAGGCAAGGAAUGGCGAGAUGAUGGGUCCAUGGGCAUUGAGCGUUUCGAGCUGCCGAGAUUGAGAGGAGUGCAUUUCUUGUUUCGGAAUCUGUUGGAUCGCGGUGUCGGUGCUACUGUUACGGUGGACUUUUUGGGGAAGAAUGUUGCCGAAUACUUGCGGGCAAAGUGGGUAGAGUUACCUGACAAGUUCCUGCAUAAAGGGAGAUUAUAG